AUGAUUCCUUCUUUAUCUGACCAUAAGGGAAAAGACCAAGAAAACCCUUAUAAACUACAAAACUCGAAUUCUUACAUUACGCGUGGUCUUUCUAAAGAGGAGGACAUUCAGUUUAGAACUUUAAUUUUAGAUUUUCCAAACCAAUUUCAAAAUCUUCAAUCAGAAAAUGAAACCUCAAUAAGAAAUGCAUUAAAAUAUCUAGUGGAAAUCACAUCUUUUAAUCAAGCACAUCCAUCAAUUAAGCAAAUUCAACUUUAUGAAAGAUUAUUGAUCCUUUUAUUUCAUGCAACCGAUAUCUCAAUAAUAAAUGAUUUGACUUGCAUAUUAAAAGCUAUAAUAGGAAUGACAAACCAUGAUCUUACAGAUGAAUUGCUUUCAUACUUAUUUUCUCUCUUAGAUAAUCAGCAGUUAGCAAGAAAUGGUAUAGUAUUAGAAAUAUAUCAAAAUAUAUUCGAAAUACUUAUCAAAAGAAUCUCACAAUUACCAGAUAAAUUAAAUUUACAACCUUUCUAUAAUUUUGUUGGCUUGUCUCCUAAUUUAGAUCGAAGUGUAGCCAGAUUUAUUUGCAAAUACCAGAAAUUUAAGUUUGAUCCAGAAAGUAUCGAUAUUAUUUUUGCAGGAGUUAAUAUCUUUAUAAAUUCUCCAUAUAUUCGUGAUUCUGGUUUCUAUGUUAUCAAAAUUGUCGGCAAAACAAUUGAACAUUUUGAAGAAGAAAGAAAAAUUGAAGAUUAUUCUGAAGCAAUUCUUCAAUUCAAUAAUUUUUGGGCAUUUGACGAUUCAGAUAUUAAUUCUUUAUUAUUCCUUCUUAUGCAAUUCGGACUUUCCAGAGAAGUAUUAAAUAAUCUCCUUGAAAAUGGAGGUUAUCAAGCGAUUUACAAGUCAUUAGAUACAGAUGAUUCAAACUCAGAGAGUGGAGCCUUCGAAUUACUCGCUUUUGUUCUCAAAAACGAAGAUUGGAAGUGUCCAUUUUCGAUUGAUGAUGUUUUAUCAAUUACAACAUCAAGGAUCUUCAAUGGAACAAUGAAAAUACGAAAUGCAGCUGGCCAAUUCUUAGCUGUUGUUGCACAGUUGAACCCAUCUUUGUUCGUAGACUCAUUCAUGACUUACAACGAAAACGACAGCGAUGAAAAUCCUGAUCCAAAAAAUUACGCCAGAUGUUUUGGAUUUUUGCUUCAAAUGAGCGAAAGAAUAGAGAAAGAUGAGAUCUAUGAUGGUCUAGCAGCUAUUGGCAAAUACUUUUAUAAUAUGAAUAAGCUCUUUGAGUUCAAAGAAACUUGUUCUGGUUAUGAUAUUGAUAGUUACGCAGAAUCUGAUGCUCAAGAGGAAAAAUAUGAAGCAUCAGCUUCGUUGUUUUAUUACACUUAUAUAUGUCAUAUAUUUACAGUAGAAUAA